ACUGUCAAUGUCACUGUCACGUGUCAUUUUCAACUCGUGUUGCCUUGUUUUCUUUUUGUAUCCACAUGCCAAAUAGCAUGUAAAAGUUACAAAAUAUCUUAUUUAAUUUCAACAGUUUCCUGAAACAAACAAUUUUAUAAAAUGAACGCUGAAAGUGAAGUAAAAUCAAACGAUCUCAACUUUUACGGAAGUGACCCAGGCGCUGUGAAAUUUGGAAACUUUAUAAACUAUUAUUCAUUUCAUGAUGUGAGUGAAAGGAUACAAAAUCUACAUCCCCAAAUGUUUCCAGAACCAGUGAAUAACCAGAUCGUGUGUCUAGAUAUAGGUUGCAACACAGGAGACCUAUCAAAGGCUAUAUACAUUUAUUUAAAAACUAUCUACCCAAACUGUGAUAUCCAUAUGUUAGCAGUGGACAUCGACUCUAUGUUGAUAGAAAGAGCUAAAGAAGCUAAUGAUAAUCCUCAUAUUAAAUUUAUAACUUGUAAUAUUAUGGAGCAAAAUGACAGACAACUUAUCCAAAGUUAUUUAGACUCUUGUAAUCAAAGAACUUUUGACUUAUCAUUCUGUUUUUCAGUAACAAUGUGGAUUCAUUUAAACAAUGGAGAUGCGGGUCUGUUAGACUUUUUAAAAUAUUUAAAACUUAUUUCUAGAACAAUUGUAAUUGAGCCCCAACCUUGGAAGUGUUACAGAAAUGCCCAAAGAAGAGUUAAGAAGUCAGGAAAUAAUUUUGACUUGUAUGAAAGUUUAAAAAUUAAAAGUGAUGUUGAUAUGGUCAUUGAAAAGACUUUGUCUGAGGACACUCACAUUAAAACUUAUGAAUCUCAAUUUUCUUCUUGGAAUAGGAGAGUUCAAAGCUUCCAUAGACUAAGUACUCCAGUGAAUAAUUAAUAAAUACUCGUUUUAAAAGCUGUAAUUUACUUAAGUAUAAGUAAAAAUAAAUUUUAAUCAAUAUUAAAUAUUUUUUUAUUUUGGUAUUUUUGUGUAUCCUUAUGAAACAGUAUUUACAAUUUCACAUCAUGUUAAAUUAGAAUUAAAUCUACUUACCCUUAA